UAUACUUUAUGAGGUAUUAUCUAUGACAUUGUUUAGUGUGAAAACUGCUCAUAUUUAUCAUUUUUGCUUUCAAAAUACUGUUCAAUAUUAAAGUAUUUUAUAAACACACUACAAGUGUUUAUGCACUUGCUUUCAAAACCUAAAAGUCAUAUGGUCAGAUUAUUGUGAUUGGGGAUUCUCAAAAUUCUGGGCAGAAUCAGGCAAAGUGAACAGGAGUCAUUUACUUUCUUGGUGUAGAGCCAGAGGCCAGCUCUUUAUGAAUGUGAUUUCUAUAGAAUGACGUCGUAUAUAGUAAAAUUACGUCACCCUAACCCACCCAAAUAUUACCGUGUCGAGACUCGAGGGCCGAGAGGCAGUCUGGUGCAAAACGCAUGCAGUAUUUGCUAUGUUUUAAAAAUGAAAACUUCGCAAUCUUCAUCGAAAAUUGCUUCCGUUGUGGAUGUGAAAUAUAGAAUAACCUUGAAUUGGCGGAAAUCAUAGCGCAGCUGUAAAUUGCUAAAUAUAUUUUUGACGUACGCUGACACGUACCGGGAAGUUGAUUCACGGUUGAUAAUUUAAAUGAACGUUUUAUUUAAAUGAACGUUUUUGAAAUUUGAAGACCUAUAUACAAUAAAAUCCUCACAAAAUUAUGCAAUAAAACCAGUCGUUUUGCGGUUAUUUUGAUUAAGUAUUAAUGGUUUAGCUUACGUAACAGCGGUCAAGUUGAACCUCGUCUUAACUCUUAACAUUGUCUUGCCUAUGAAUGCAUGGCUUCCUCGCUACAGGGGUCUGUGACCCACGAUUUUGCGUUCAAUUUGAAUACUUUACAAAUGUAAAUGACCAAUCGUAUGCGGCUGUCAAAACAGUUAAAGUCGCCCACGUAAAACAGCAAGCGUAAUCGCGUAGUCGGCAAAACCGUUUGUAGUACAAGCAACAGGAUCUUGCGAUAUCUUGACAGCAUCAAACGAUGUUGUAUCGGAGCUGGUAAGGGUGUCAUAUGUCGACCUCGUUUCUAAGGUUACUUUGGCGUGAUUUGAGUGGAAUAUAAAAGCUCAGAACGUGUUUGCCGUACGAGUUAAUUGUUGUGCGUAUCAACCUUCUGUGGAAUAAAAAAAUUGCGAUGGGAAAUCUUUUGAUGGUUUCCUUAGACCGACUUGCCUCGGCUGUGUCGUCUCCGUGUCAUAUCGUUAUGCUUGGCUUAGAUAACUCGGGUAAAACCAGCCUUAUGUACAAGGCAAAGCUGAAGGAAAACGUGAAAGUUCAUCCUACGACAGCGUUCAACGUGGAGUGUGUGAACGCGACUAAGAAACUAAAGUUUAAAAUUUGGGACAUCGGUGGUCGCGAGGCUAACAGGCCAUUAUGGAGAGCGUAUGUACGUAAAACCGAGGGUAUGGUUUUCGUUGUCGAUAGUACGGACUCUAGUCGCUUCGACGAAGCUCGUCAUGAGUUGUUUAAUUUGUUAAACUCGGAGUCGGCACAACUCAACGAUGUUCCCAUAUUAGUUCUUGCGAACAAACAGGAUUGUGUUGGCGCAGUGUCGCCCGACAUGUUGGCGAGAGAGUUGAACUUGGCGGAGCUAAACGACCGCCAUUUAUGGACCGUUGAACCCACUUCGGCGUGCAUCGGCGAAGGCUUUGCCGAUGGUUUGAAAACUCUAGGGAAAAUGAUCGCACGUUGUAGGGGAGAUUAUUUAAGAGAGCCGAGUGAAGAGAAGACCCCAAAACUAACGAGGCGAAACCGCAAAAAACGAAGGCGAAAUCGCAGAGGUUCCGCGGGUAGUUACGAAGGAGUUUUAAUAUAAAAUAUAUGAAAAUAUCCCUUGUGUGAUCACGUUAAAUUCAUCGAAGAAUACAGUAUGAAGUAAAGAGAAGUUUCGAUGUGCGAUCGUUGUUAUAGUUUUCUUAUAUCACGUUACAUCAUCUUCGGCACGAAAAUAUUCAACGCUUAGUAAACAUGGAUGUAAUCCUAAUACUCACGGAAUUGUUUUGCUUGUAAAUAUUACAUUAAAUAAAAGAACACACAUCCUGUCGAAAGAAGAUGCCUUCGGGCUGAAGGAUUUCUUCGAAAUGAAGAAGAUAUAUUUAUUUGCGGUUAAUUUUCCAAGGAGGAUGGCAAUGCAAUAUAAUUCAGUGGACAUUGUAAUUGAUAUAUGCACGGCUCUUAAGCCUUCAAAGAUGUGUCCAAGUUCAAGAGCUUUUAGCAGGAGAAUGCCAUACGCGUGAUGUAUUUUUGACAGUAGAAUAAACGCAGGUUCUUAAUGGAAAUGAGUGUUUUCGGCACAAGUUUAUCUCGUGAUUCUGUGACAGGAUGGAAUUUAGAUUGCAAUUUAAUCAUAUUUGAAUACGCCUGCAGACAUAUCUUACAAUGUCAUGACGAUAUACCUGUUCUGAUAAAGAAAUAUAUUAUUGACAUUGUGCAAUUUGAAAGAAGAAUAUUUAGUUGAUGGAAAGGAAUACGAGAUUGAUUUUGAAGGUGAAGAUUUCCUAAACUGGAACCAUUCAAACGCCGGUUCUGAUAGAUUUAUUCGCGUGCUUCGUACAAGAAAUUCUUUGCUCAAUAGAGGAUUAUCAGACAUUGUGAAACCAGCCUGAAUUGGAAUGCAAUAAAUCGAAUUGUGUCUAUGCUAUAAUUAGGUCGAAAUAUUCCAUUAUUUUAAACUUCUCAAUUGUAAAAGGAUAAUUAUAUAUAAGCUGAAUUAUUCGAUGAAUAGUGAUACAAAGUUUUAUUUUAAAAAGCCUCUUUCAAACGUUGUCGUACUCGAAGCAAUGGGAUAAUCAGAUGAAAUAACACCUCAUCUUCUCGUGAUUACAAAAAUCCCCCUACCUACUUCCUGAGCAAGGGCAUUUUGGUAAAGAACUCUCUUUGUAUAUUCUACAAGUUGACCAUCCAAUUACACCACGUUAUUUUAAAGAAAUUCACUGUACUGAUAACCCACCCUUUUCCUAAAGUUGUUUGUGUUCAUUGCAUUGUGUGUAGGAAGGAAAAUAACGUUUGAAUCAGGCUAGCCUGUGAUAAAAAAGAAAUAUAGACGUUUUUGAUACAGUGACAUAUAUAUCCAUAGACUAUACAUACGUAUGUAUAUUUUCAAAAGUAUUUAUAUAUAACUAAAGAGUGGAAUUUAUUAAAUGAUUUGAAUGCUUAAGCUGGUUUAGACUUGUUUAAACAUCAUCUAAAGACUUAAAGUGAAUUUGUUGCUAUAGUCGUGUUAUGGU